CGCCUGCGCCAGUUUACAGCUGGUGCUGGACUUCAGAGCUGGGGGGGUGGGGAGGGGCGUGCGCGCUCCCUCGCGCCUGUUGCGCGCGCGGUGUCACCUUGGGCGCGAGCGGGGCCGCGCGCGCACGGGACCGGGAGCCGAGGGCCAUUGAGUGGCGAUGGCGGCGACAGCAAGUCCCGGAGCCAGCGGGACGGACGGGAAACCCCGUACCUCCCCUAAGUCCGUCAAGUUCCUGUUUGGGGGCCUGGCCGGGAUGGGAGCUACAGUCUUUGUCCAGCCUCUGGACCUGGUGAAGAACCGGAUGCAACUGAGUGGGGAGGGGGCCAAGACCCGAGAAUACAAAACCAGCUUCCAUGCCCUCACCAGCAUCCUGAAGACAGAAGGACUGAAGGGCAUUUACACUGGGCUGUCAGCUGGCCUCCUGCGCCAGGCCACCUACACCACUACUCGCCUUGGCAUCUAUACUGUGCUGUUUGAGCGCCUGACUGGGGCUGACGGUACACCUCCUGGCUUUCUGCUAAAGGCUCUGAUUGGCAUGACAGCAGGUGCAACUGGUGCCUUUGUGGGAACACCAGCCGAGGUGGCUCUUAUCCGCAUGACUGCCGAUGGCCGGCUUCCAGCAGACCAGCGCCGUGGCUACAAAAACGUGUUUAAUGCUUUGAUUCGAAUUGCUCGGGAGGAGGGGGUCCCCACACUGUGGAGGGGCUGUAUUCCAACCAUGGCACGGGCUGUUGUUGUCAAUGCUGCCCAACUUGCCUCCUACUCUCAAUCCAAACAGUUUUUGCUGGACUCAGGCUACUUCUCUGACAAUAUUCUGUGCCACUUCUGUGCCAGCAUGAUCAGUGGCCUGGUCACUACUGCUGCUUCCAUGCCAGUGGACAUUGUCAAAACCCGGAUCCAGAAUAUGCGAAUGAUUGACGGGAAGCCAGAAUACAAGAAUGGACUGGAUGUGCUGGUGAAGGUCAUCCGCUACGAGGGCUUCUUCAGUCUGUGGAAAGGCUUUACACCGUACUAUGCCCGCCUCGGCCCCCACACUGUUCUCACCUUCAUCUUCUUGGAGCAGAUGAACAAGGCCUACAAGCGUCUCUUCCUCAGUGGCUGAAGCGGUGUGGCUCCCUCCUCUAUGGUAAAGGACUUUGGUCUGUCCUCCCCCUGCUCCACCUCGCCCUGCUUGUCCUGAUCCUCAGCCUCUCUGUCCCUGGCUAUGCCUUGGGGGGAGCUGGGAAAUCCUCUGAAGAUUUCUGGACUCCUCUUGGCUGUUAGUUACAGGGCACAUAGGAUGCAGAAGAUCUCUCUUCGCAGUGAGGAAAACCAAGACAGAGCUGAGGGGACAGAAGAGAACAGAAGCUAUCCAAAGGGUCUUCAGUGGGAGGAUGUGGCCCUUCCUUCCUUCCUACACCUCACUGAGGACAUAAUAAAUUGGAUUGAUGACACCACCCCCAAUCUGGAGAGUUAUGGGGGUCAGGAGAGGGAGGAGAUGGACAAAGAAACGGAUGCCCCUGGAAAACAGGGUCUAGUGUUUUUAAGAAAAAUUAUUAAAAAAGCACCCGCUGGUUUUAUGAA